AACAAAUAAAACAGCGCUGCGCAGAGGCGCUUAAAUGGGGACUUAACUGUGGUACCCGGAGGGCAACUUACGCUCCGCUGCAUCUGACAGAUUUCUGCUGUCUCCAGACAGCAGCGAAUCUCUUUCCGCGGAAGACACAAGGGUUCAUAUUUUUAACAGUCCCCGGCCUUCCAAGGGGUUUUGCGCUGCCUCAGUGCUGCAGAGCUGCGCUCCAGAGCGGCCAAUUUUAGCUACAAUCUUCUGGAAAAAAAUCCAACAGGCCGGUUUUAUUAUUGUUGUUCUUGCCCCUGCGCUUCCUGAGCCUUUUCCCUGGCUGCCCAGUUAAACGAAAAGCUCUCAGCCGGCUCGGAGCCUUGGGUGACAAUGGCAAGCGCUUGCUACGGAGCGAAAGGGAAGGCGGCUGGGGUUUGGCUUCCCUCGGGCUGGAGGCUUUGAAAGUUGCAGGUGAGGCUGAGGGCUCUGAAAGCGAGCAGCCUCUUUGCAGCCCGGGGUCCCUUGGCCAGCCCAGCUCUUUUCUUUUUAGCGGAGGGAGAUCCAAUUAUGCUCCGAGCUCUCAUAUUUGAGGGAAGAACUGGCCAUGCGGCUGGAUCUGACCGAAGCCCGAGUGCAGGUAUGGUUCCAGAACCGUAGGGCUAAAUGGCGGAAGAGGGAAAAGGCUGGGGCUCAGACGCACACCCCAGGUUUGCCUUUCCCUGGUCCCCUGUCAGCAACUCACCCACUCAGUCCAUACCUUGAUGCUAGUCCUUUCCCUCCUCAUCACCCAGCUCUAGACUCCGCUUGGACUGCUGCUGCAGCAGCUGCUGCUGCCGCCUUCCCUAGUCUACCUCCUCCACCUGGUUCUGCAACUUUGCCACCAAGUGGGACUCCGCUAGGCCUCAGCACUUUCCUGGGCGCAGCUGUAUUCCGGCAUCCCGCCUUCAUCAGCCCUGCUUUUGGCAGGCUCUUUUCCACUAUGGCUCCCCUGACUAGUGCUUCCACUGCUGCUGCCCUACUGAGACAGCCCACUCCUGCCGUGGAAAGUGCAGUGCAAUCAAGUGGGCUAUCAGAUCCAGCAACAGCUGCAGCAGACAGACGGGCUUCUAGCAUAGCAGCUCUGAGGCUGAAAGCAAAAGAACACGCAGCUCAGCUCACACAGCUGAAUAUGGAGAGAGAAGUGCUAAAAUAAAUAAAUAAAGGUCACCUCAGCUAGCGCGAAACAAGACCAAAUGGAAAAAGAGGACCAGCGACUAAGACAUUGGAUAGGUUCUCGGGUUAGGAACUUGAAGAAAGCACGCAUCCUUUGCAUCAGCACUCACAUGAGUGGCCCAACAUUUACAAGCUCCUGAAUAAGUAACUCCUUGGCUGGUACAUUUUUAAAGUAUACACCGAGUUAAUUUCUUCGUUGGUCAUUAGUUAAAAAGAGCUCCUAAAAGAUAUUAUAUUAUAGAAUUAAAGUUACAGCCUUUCCUUCCUACCCCCUCCCCUUCUGGACGUCUGGCUAAAUAAAUAAGUCAAAAAAUUAAAUUACAAAUUAAAAAAAACUUAAACCUCCCACACGGCUUCUUAAAAUAACAUUUUAGGAUGUUAAGUUGGUCUGUCAGGAGCACUGGAGAACUAUUUUACAUGUUAUUGCAGCCUGCUGCAUAUUAUCAACCAAGGAUGCUGCCAGUGCAGACUGAAAGUGAAUUGAUGCUGUAAGAUAACCAGUGCACUUAAAGGAAAGGGGUAUAUCUUUUUCUUGUUAUAUUCUUUAACACUACACCAACCAAGGUUUUUAUAUCAAACCAAAGGGAAAUACACUGCUAGAAUAUGGACUGUUUAAGUCACUAAACUGUGAUUAUUGAUUCUGUACAUACCAUUGUUAUAAAAAAGAACAGAGCUUUGUAUAUUUGAAAUGUUAUAAAACAAUUGCACUCA